AUGAUCGAAGUUGAAACCCUGCCCGGCGGAAUCGUCUCGAUCGACGUGACCGGCAAGCUCGACAAGGCCGACAUCGAACACGUCAUCACCGAACUCGAGGCUGCGCGCGAGGCGCACGGCAAGAUCAGUGUCAUUGUCGACCUGACCGGCUUUGCGGGCAUGACCGCCGAGGCGCUGAUCGCGGACCUGCGCUACGGCUUUUCCCAUCUUUCGGAACUGGACCAUUACGAGCGCAUCGCGGUUCUGACGGGACACGACUGGAUCGAAACGCUCGUCCGGCUCGAAGGCAGGGUUUUCCGGCGGGUCGACAUUCGCUGCUUCAAGCCCGAAGAGCGCCAGCGGGCCCGCGCUUUCGCCAACGGCAUGGAUGUGGCGCCCGCCGAAACCACACCGGGCAUCGUCCGCGUGCCCACUGAUCGCGGCAACAUGCUUGCCUUCCGGAUCACCGACACGGUCCGCGCCGCCGACGCCAAGGCCGUGAUGGGUUUUCUGAACGACACCUAUGCGCGGCACGACAAGAUCGACCUGAUUGUGAUCAUCGAUGAGUUCGAGGGAUUCGACCCGGCGAUCCUGUUCGACACCGGCACAUGGAGCUCAAAGGCCAAGAGCCUCUCCCAUGUCGGCCGCUAUGCCAUCGUCGGCGGCCCCGGCCAUGUGCGCAACACGGCUUCGUUCCUCGGCGCAUUCAUGCCGGUGGAGAUCAAGGCGUUCGCGCGCGACGAGGAAGACGAGGCCUGGGCCUGGCUCAACGCGGGCCCGCUUCUGGAAGUCUGA